AUGACUGUAUUUAUAGGAAUACACAUUAUAGUAAGGAAAAUAGAAGUUGAUUCCAAGGCAAUCUUUGUUUCAGAUGACUUGAGUAAGAAGCUAAAGCCAUUGGUUGAGGAAGAAAGGGAAUUCAUUCUAGAUUUGAAGAAAAAGGAAUGUAAAGAAAGAAACUUUGAUUAUGAUGGAAGAAUCAAUGCAUGGGAUCUUCAUUAUUAUAUGAACAAAACAGAAGAGCUGAAAUAUUCCAUAGAUCAAGAAAAGCUGAAGGAAUACUUCCCAAUUGAGGCUGUUACAGAAGGUUUACUGAAUAUUUACCAGAAGCUGCUGGGACUUGUAUUUGAGCGAGUAGAAAGUGCUCAUGUUUGGCACAACAGCGUUACUCUUUAUACAGUAAAGGAUAAUUCAACAGGAGAAAUGUUAGGGCAGUUCUAUUUGGACCUUCACCCCAGAGAGGGAAAGUAUGGGCAUGCAGCAUGCUUUGGUCUCCAACCUGGCUGUCUUCUCGCUGAUGGCAGCAGAAUGAUGUCUGUAGCUGCUCUGGUAACCAACUUCACAAAACCAGCAUCAGAUCGCCCAUCAUUGCUGCGACAUGAUGAAGUGAAGACUUACUUCCAUGAAUUUGGUCAUGUAAUGCAUCAGAUAUGUGCACAGACUGAUUUUGCUAGGUUUAGUGGAACUAAUGUGGAAACAGACUUUGUAGAGGUACCUUCACAGAUGUUUGAGAACUGGGUGUGGGAAAAAGAACCACUACAGCAAAUGUCAAAGCAUUAUAAAGAUGAGAGCCAUGUUGGAGACACUCUCCUUGAGAAACUUGCUGCCUCUAGACUGGCUAAUACAGGCCUUUUAACCCUCCGUCAGAUUGUUUUGAGCAAAGUUGACCAGGCACUGCAUACAAAACCAUCUGUUGACCCAGCAGAUGAAUAUGCUAAAUACUGUGUGGAGAUUCUAGGAAUUCCUGCCACACCAGGAACAAACAUGCCAGCUACUUUUGGACAUCUGGCAGGUGGUUAUGAUGGUCAGUACUAUGGAUACCUGUGGAGUGAAGUGUUUUCCAUGGACAUUUUUUAUAGCUGCUUUAAGCAAGAAGGAAUAAUGAAUCCAAAGGCUGGGAUGAAAUACAGAAACCUCAUUUUGAAACCUGGAGGAUCUUUGGAUGGGAUGGAUAUGCUACAAAAUUUCUUGGAGCGUAAACCAAGCCAGAGGGCUUUUCUAUUGAGUAAGGGAUUAUGUGUUCAGUAAAAUUAGGGUUCCUUUGUAAUGACAUAUAAGUAUGGAAUGAGUUGGAAAUGUCAGUGUAUUUCACAUCUUAACUAUGUAUCACUCUAGGGAAAUUGGGUCACUUUUUGAUGAUUUAUUUUUUUUUAAUUGUAUAAAUAAAAAUCUGAAUUUUUAAAAAUUGCAUAGAAGUACAAAAUUCAACACAUCAGGGAAAAAAAUUCUGAGAUGUGCAGAAGCUGAGGAAUUUGG